CUUGAUCUUGACCACCUCGACAACUCAACGAGCUGACCAGAGAAACCACCUGACUGCCAAGACAUAUCGCACGAAGCCAAUAUGCAAGUUCCACUACUCCGACUGCAAUGCGGCUGCAACAGCUAUGAAUGGGGCAAGGUUGGCAACGACUCGGCCGCUGCUCGCUAUGCUGCUUCCACUCCAUCGAAUGACUUCUCAGUCCAGCAAGACAAGCCAUAUGCAGAACUAUGGAUGGGCACACACCCUUCCAAUCCGUCAAAAGACCUUUCGACUGGCCGCACGCUUCUUGAUCUGGUGCAAGACAACCAAGCAUUGAUGUCUACGGCCAUCUCCAAACGCUAUGGACAGAAGUUGCCAUUUCUGUUCAAAGUAUUGAGCAUCAAUAAAGCUCUGUCGAUUCAAGCCCACCCAAACAAGAAGCUGGCGGAGCAGCUGCAUGCCCAGGAUCCAGAUCACUACCCCGACGACAACCACAAGCCUGAAAUGACCAUCGCCAUUACACCUUUCGACGGUCUUUGUGGCUUUCGGCCAUUAAGUGAAAUCGCACAUUUUUUGAAGAACGUGCCCACGCUUCGACAGCUCGUCGGCGAGGAGAUUGCCGGCGAUUUUGAGAAGACCAUCGAAGGCCAGGACACCACCGAUGACAGCGAAAAGACCCAGCAGAACAAGAAGGCACUCCAAGCGGCAUUCUCCUCGUUGAUGAACAGCUCCUCAGACGACAUCCAGAAAGCCGCAACGGAACUCAUCUCGCAAGCCAAAUCCGAAGGCUCCAACUUUGCCGGCUCAGGAGUCUCCGCCACCUCUGGCCAAGAACUCGCCGACCUCAUGAUUCGCCUCAACUCCCAAUUCCCCAACGACAUUGGACUCUUCGUCACGUUUUUCCUCAACUACGUCAAACUGUCCGUCGGCGAAGCCAUGUUCCUCAAAGCCGAUGACAUCCAUGCCUACCUCUCCGGAGACAUCAUCGAAUGCAUGGCAUCAUCCGACAACGUCAUCCGCGCCGGUUUCACCCCCAAAUUCAAAGACGUCUCAACACUGACAUCCUGUCUGACGUACUCAUACGCACCCAUCUCCGAACAAAAAAUGGACCCCACCGAUUACGCGUACGUGAAAUUCAACACGACGGCCUACAGUUCCAAUUCCAGCUCCAUCCUCUACGACCCGCCGAUUGAAGAAUUCAGCGUCAUAAAGACGGACAUUAAUGCCUCCGGAGGCAAAGCGACUUUCGAUCCCGUCGAAGGUCCUUCGAUUGUGAUUUGCACCAAGGGCACCGGGAAAAUCAGUGUGGGACCUAAGAGUGAGGAGAUUCGUGAAGGGUUUGUAUACUUUGUGGGCGCCACGGCCGAGUUGGUGAUGGAGAGUACUGGGAGUGAACCAUUGGUGACGUUUAAGGCGUUUUGUGAGUUGGAUGAGAAGACGAGUAAUGGGAAUGGGAAUCUUUAGAUGAGUAUGGUGGUGGUGGUGGUGGUAGUAGUAUUAUAGGUGCUAAGAAGAAGGGGAAGAAGAGGAAGAAGAGGAAGAAGAGGAAGAAGAGGAAGAGGAAGAAGGCGGAAGAAAAAAAACUAGGCAACGACAGAUACGCGAACAACGAACAAUCGAGAAAAUUUCAACAAACAGAAAAAUGGUUGGUUGGUUGGUUGAUUGAUUGUGUGGGGGAAGAUGGAUUGGAAUAGCGGUAGGUAGGUAGUUUGAUAAAGAUGAUUGUAUUUUGUGUUUGGUUGGUUGGUAGGUAUAUCUCUUCUCUAAAACUAGGUAAAAAAGGAAAAUAGCGAAUUUUGCAAUUGUUUGGAAAGUUAGGUAUACACACAUACAGACUCUCCAAAACAAACGAACAAAAAAAAACGCUAGGUUAUGCAAUUACUAUAACAGUCCACGGACCUUUCGCUCAUCCUUCAUUCCGGAAAUGCAGCAAUCGCUCUCAUCUCCUGCUCUCUCUUUCUCUCUUCCCCUCUCGCUCUCUCUCUCACUCUCUCCUUUCCUCUCAUAUCUCCCGUCUCGCGCGCUCGCUCACAUUUAUUAGUACAAGGGUAUGGUAUGGAAAAAUAUGCAAAAGGAAGAUAUGCCGCUCGAGGGUUUUGGUGGGUGGGUGCGAGCGCGCGCGCGGAAAGGUUGGGGCGGUAUCCGAAGAAGCCAAAAUUGGGGUCUUCCGUAUUCGUCGUGUUUGGGUUUCGUGAUUCUCUGGUGUCUUCUUUGGGGGAGGCUGUGCGCGUUUCGCUCGUCUAUAUGUCGAGCUAAACUGAGUCGCAAGCAGUCGGGGGAAUUUGGGGCGUGUCGUGUUCCACCCCCACGAUUAGUGGAGAUAGGUCAUGGAGGUGGGAGAAAGAAGAGGAUUUCAGACAGCUGAGACAGCUCACUUCUGGCUAGGAAGUUUGACGUUGCUGCUGAGCCAUGCAAGACCUUCAAAGAUGCCUUCGCCUGUGGUUGCGCAACUGGGCUCGACUUUCCACGUGUGGUCUCUGGCUAUUCGUUGCAGGUCAAGCAUGUCAGAAACCUCCUUGGGCCUCAUUGCACCUGGGAUAUCCUGCUUAUUGGCAAAGACCAGGAGCAGCGCGUCCUUCAUUUCCCUAUCCUGUAUGAUCCUCGCCAAUUCGCUCCGUGCCUCUUCCAUCCUGUCUCUGUCGUUUGAGUCAAUCACGAAGAUGAGGCCUUGCGUUCCGCUGAAAUAGUGCCUCCACAAUGGACGGAUCUUGUCUUGGCCGCCGACGUCCCAGACGUUGAAUUUGGUGUUCUUAUACGUGACAGUUUCCACAUUGAAGCCAACUGUAGGGAUGGUCGUGACAUCGGUAUCGAGCUUGAGCUUGUAGAGGAUUGUCGUCUUGCCUGCUGCGUCGAGCCCGAGCAUCAACAGGCGCAUUUCUUUUGACCCGAAGAUCUGGUUCAUGAUCUUUGAUAUCUUUUGGCCCAUGGCGGAGAGAGUCUGCGGCACGCCCGCAGAUGCGCGUGCAAGGAGGAUGUGUUAUGCGAAAGAAGGAGGUCAAGAGGUGUUCGCGCGGGCGCUCGAGGGGAAUCGGAGGGAUGUGGUGGUCGUGGUCGUGGUCGUGGUGAUGGCGGCGAUGAUGGUGGUGAAUGGCGCGAGGGGUGGUGAAUGGCGGCGUUGACAGACGAGUCAGGAAAGCCGAGCCUGGGUGAUGAACGAAGUCGUGGAUGUGGGUAUGCGUCGUUUGAGCGAAAGCGUGUGCGAGUGGAUGGGAUGUCUAGGAGGAUAUCAGACGGUAUAGCUGUGCGUGGUCGACAAGCAAGUGGUCGGUGCUUCUUCACGUCUCAUACCACAUGUACUACUACCUCAGGUACAGAUAGGUCAGGUACACAUGUAAUUCUCUUGU